AUGACCCCACUGACCUGCAAUAUCCUCCCUCACCUCCUUCCCCUCAUCUUGCUGUUACUCCUCCAAGCCUGGGGAGGGGGCUGUCACCCCCAGUGUUUGGACUACAAGCCUCCGUUUGAGCCCCGACAGCCGCUUGUCUUCUGUAAAGAAUAUUCCAAGUUUGGAUGCUGUGAUAUGGAGAAAGAUGAAGAGAUAUCUUUCAGAUUUUACAACAUCAUGGCAAACUUCGACCAUUCAGGCUACAUGACUUGUGGCAAGUAUCUGCGUAGCAUCCUCUGCCAGGAGUGCUCCCCAUAUUCGGCCCAUCUCUACGAUGCUGAAGAUGCAAACACACCUAUGCGAAUGCUGCCUGGACUGUGUUCAGAUUACUGCUAUGAUUACUGGAACCAGUGCCGCUACACGCUUAGUCUUCUCCUGGAGGACUUUGGACAGCCGCAGCAGUUUGCAAACUUGACUGCAACCUUAGAAGAAGACAGCAGGAGGUUCUGUGAAUUUCUGGAGCUGAAGGACAAACAGUACUGCUAUCCUAAUGUACUGACUAAUGCAGAACUCAAUGCCAACCUUGGCUUUGUGCGCGAGGAUCCUGCAGGAUGCCUGGAGUUAUGUUUGCAGGAGGUAGCCAAUGGUCUCCGUAACCCUGUGGCCAUGAUUCACGCAGAUGAUGGAACUCAUCGCUUCUUUGUGGCAGAGCAGCUGGGUUAUGUUUGGGUGUAUUUGGCUAAUGGCUCCAGGAUCGACCGGCCUUUCCUCAAUCUCACCCGUGCCGUUCUCACAUCCCCAUGGACUGGAGAUGAGAGGGGGUUCCUCUGCAUUGCCCUGCACCCGAGGUUCAUCGUGGUCAGAAAGGCUUAUGUGUACUACUCUGUGUCUGUGAAAAAAGAAGAAAGGAUAAGAAUCAGUGAGUUUACAUUGCUACCACAUGAUGACAACCAACUGGACCACUCCUCUGAGAGAACCAUUCUUGAAGUGGCUGAGCCGGCAUCCAAUCAUAAUGGAGGACAGCUUCUUUUUGGACAUGAUGGAUACCUGUACAUCUUCAUUGGUGAUGGUGGUCGAGCUGGGGACCCAUUUGGAAAGUUUGGAAACUCACAGAACAAAUCAACGCUGCUUGGCAAGGUGCUACGUAUUGAUGUUGAAGACAAUGAUCUUAGUGCCCCGUACAGUAUUCCCCCAGACAACCCAUUUGUGGAGGAGAAGGACAGCAAACCAGAGAUUUAUGCCUAUGGAGUUCGCAACAUGUGGCGCUGCUCCAUUGACCGUGGUGACCCUGUGACAGACCAGGGCCGAGGCAGGAUGCUCUGUGGUGACGUAGGCCAGAAUAAAUACGAAGAAGUAGACAUCAUAUAUAAAGGCGGUAACUAUGGAUGGAGAGCCAAAGAAGGCUUCAGCUGCUACGACCGCAAACUAUGUCAAAACUCUUCACUAGAUGACAUCUUGCCCAUCUUUGCCUACCCACACAAGCUGGGCAAAUCAGUGACAGGAGGAUACAUAUACAGAGGCUGUCAGAUGCCCAACCUCAAUGGACUCUACAUCUUUGGGGAUUUUAUGAGUGGGCGUCUAAUGUCUCUCAAGGAGAAUUUAACCACAGGUGAAUGGCAGUACAAUGAGAUCUGCAUGGGAAGAGACCAGACCUGCAGGUUCCCCAAACUCAUCAACAGCCACUAUAAAUAUAUCAUCUCUUUUGCUGAAGAUGAAGCAGGUGAACUUUACUUCUUAGCAACUGGAAACCCAAGUGCCACAGCCAGAGCAGGAUUCAUCUAUAAGAUAGUGGACCCUUCAAGGCGAGCACCACCAGGAAAGUGCAACAUCAAGCCAGCACCUGUCAAAAUUAAAGGGAAACUCAUUCACUUCUACCCAAAAGAAGAAUAUGUAAUCAACAAGAAACCAACAACCACACCUGUACCCAAACCAACCACAACAACAAAAGCGCCAAAGAGAAAAUCAACAUCCUUUAAAGUUAUAAAAGUGCCAAUGCCAACAAGAAAAACAACACAAAAAACAUCACUGCCACCAACAACAACAGCAGCAGCAACAACAAGAAAACCCCCACCAACAUCAGCACCAACAGCAGAAACAAGAAAAACAACAAUACAGACAACAAGAAAACCAACAACCAGAAAAACACCACCAGCAACAACAAUACCAACUAUUAAAGCAACAACAAUACAAACAACUUCAGCAACUACAAUUAAUCCAACAGCUGUACCAACAACUGUCCAGAGGGCCAUGGCAACAACCCCCGCCAGAACUACACCCACUGGUUAUCGCACAACCAUCAUGACUGCAGCCUUCGCAAAGAUUGCUAAAACACAGAUCCUCACCACGCCUCCAACGAGGAGACAUGGGAACCCCCUACAAUACCUUCAAAGUACCACCUCCAUACCUUUAACCACACUACAACCCACUCCUCCUGCCACACCACGGCUGCCAUACUGGAACCCAAAACCCACAAUGUCAAGCCUCAAACCCCAGAGACCACCACUCAACAUGACACUGCUUAAGUCUCAGGAGGACAGGCUAAGGCUUGGAGAGAAGCUGAAAGCCACUGGCAAGGAUAACCAGGUAUUUAAAAGGCCUCGACAGAGAGACAGAGGUCGCGGUUACAGAAGAGGGAGAGGAAGAAAGCUACGAGCUGGCUCUGUGCGACUGGUGAGCGCUGAGGGUUUAUCAGAUCGAGGCAGAGUCGAGAUCUUCAUCCGUGGAGAGUGGGGGACAGUCUGUGACGACCUUUUCAACAGCAAAGCUGGUACUGUGGUGUGCAGACAGCUUGGCUUUACGACUGCACUGGCAGUGAUGAAGAGGGCUGCUCUGGGGGAGGCUGACAGGAGGGUCAGGAUUCUGUUGGACGAUGUGGAGUGUGAAGGCGGUGAGGAAUCGCUGCUAGAUUGCAAGAGGUCAACAGUUGGGAAGCACAACUGCACACAUGGGGAGGAUGUAGGGGUGAUCUGCGGUUAA